ACUGUGUUCAAAAACUUUAGCACUUGGGACUGUAAGCAUGCGAUAUUCGCAGUUUUCCUCUAACGCGCGAUCAUCCGCAGGAACAUACGCGUUCGUGCUAUUGUUUCUAAUAUGCACGAAUGUACUGUUUUGUAAAGCAUGGAGAUGGCGGUUAACAACAGCAGCACCGGAAGUGCAAAACUCAACAGAAUGCGCACGGAAGUGUCAAAUUGGAGAGCCACCAAAAGUCUGUCAAUAUCAUUUCGAAAUUGAAGCUUACACGACGAAUAACAAGGCAUGCGACUCUUGUGAUCUACCAACGAAUUAUUCAAGAAUAAGUCCAUUAUCAUGUGAGUGCUGCAUAAGUGAUGGAUUUGAGAAAACAAUACUUGCCAUCAAUCGUAUGUUACCAGGUCCAAGUAUUCAUGUUUGUCUCGGCGAUACCAUUAUUGUCGAUCUUAAAAACGCAGCCGAGGGUAUUGAGGCGACUAUACAUUGGCACGGUGUCUUUCAAAAAGGUUUUCAAUAUUAUGACGGAGUACCAUAUGUGACACAAUGUCCAAUUCAUUCAAAUAGCAUUUUCAGGUAUAAGUUUAAAGCAAAUAAUGCGGGUACACAUUUUUAUCAUUCACAUGAAAGUACUUUUCUAAUGGACGGACAGUAUGGAGCCUUAAUCAUACGCGAUCCAGAGGAUCCGUCUCUCGAUACGUAUGACGAAGAUCUCCCCGAACACGUAAUAAUAAUUAGCGAUUUGUUUCAUGAAUUUUCAUUGGAGCGUUUUCCCGGUCGAUACAGAUCAAAACAAGGACAAGUUCCAGAUAAUAUUUUAAUCAACGGAAGAGGCACUUGGACGAAUCAAGAGACUAACAAGACGACUGCAGUUCCGCUUUCAACAUUUAGAGUCGAAAGCGGAAAAGUAUACAGAUUUCGCAUGAUCAACGCGUGUGGUACAGUUUGUCCGGUAACGUUGACUAUUGAGAAUCAUACAUUGCAAAUAAUUGCUACAGACGGCGAAAACGUGGAGCCUGAAUUGGUAACUGAGAUUAACAGUGCUUCAGGUGAACGUUACGAUUUUAAAAUAAACGCCUCUAAAGUAGGGGGACAAUAUUGGAUACAUGUACGAGGAAGCGGUGAAUGUGAAAAUGAGGGUUUAUAUCAAUUGGCGCAUCUCAUCUAUGACAAUAGUCCUGAAUCGUCGUUAUCACCAAGACCAGGAUAUUCUGGUCCACCUCAAAGUGAGAAUAUAGUUAUUAAUCCCUUAAAUUCCACAAAUUGCGAGAUUGAUCGCUGUAUACACCAUUUACGCAAGAUAUACUCGCCAAAGGAAGAUAAAAUACCAUUGAAUGUUUCAGCAGAUGUAACAUUACUAUUGUCAUUCAACUUUUUUGAUUUAGAUCCACCAGAAUAUAUGAAUUUGUUUAAUAGGAACACAUCAGAGGAUUAUCAGAAAUUCUUUGUUGCUAUCGAUAAGUCCCAUUUAAUUAGUAUGAUCAAUAAUAUUUCGUAUCAGGACCCACCAUCACCUCUUAUUUUGCAAUCUUCUAUCUUGCAAUCAAAAUAUGCAGACAAAUAUGGAUCUCAGUCUAUAUGUACAGAUAAUUCUAUAUCAUCCACGUGCACAAAUCCCUGCAUGUGUACUCAUGUUUUAUCAAUUCCGUAUGGUGCACUCGUUGAUAUAAUGGUCAUUGAUAAAGAUCCCGUACCAAAUGUGAAUCAUCCGUUUCAUUUGCAUGGUUACAGUUUUUGCGUAAUAUAUUCGGGUCAGUUUGAUAAUACUACAGACACAAAUAAUAAAUUGGAUAUGUUAAACUUAUUGGAAGACCAUAGUAAACGUAUGCAAAAUGGCGAAUAUAACUGUGGUCCCAAGGAUACUGUAAUAGUUCCAAAUAGCGGUUAUGUCAUUUUACGUUUCAAGGCUAAUAAUCCAGGUUGGUGGUUUUUUCACUGUCAUUUCGUUUGGCACACCGUGACAGGAAUGAACGUUGUUAUACAUGUUGGAACAGAAGAAGACUUACCACCUAUACCACCACAUUUUCCAAUAUGUUAAAGCUGGUUGUCAUUAGAUUAUAUAUAAUUAAUUCAAUUAAUUCUAUGACGAAAAUGGAACUUUAUCUUUUUAAAGACAGAGAAAGACGAAAAACAAUUUAUGAAAGUCAUUAGGUUCAUUUAUCGCAAUAAUGAACAAAAUAAAUAGCACAUUUAAAUUGUUGUAUACUAUUGGAAAUA